AUGGUGUUUAACCAUUUACGUUGCUGUGUCACCGGAGAACAUCCUCUUUUCAACAUUCCUCGUCAUAUCGCUUUAGAUUCUAUCAAGUCCAUCUCUCAAGUAGUAGGAAAAUUGUCAUUUCCGAUUAUGUGCAAACGCAGGUCUGCUUGCUCAUCCACCGAAGCCCACCAGAUGACUAUUAUACCUUCACCUCGACAUUUAACGACAAAUUUGAUGGAACAUUACCAAGACAGUGAACAAGUAAUUAUCCAGGAAUUCAUUCAACAUGAUGGGAUUAUUGUUAAGGUAUAUGUAGCUGAUGGAGAAAUCCAUGUAUCAACUCGACCUUCAUUUAUCAAUAUCACGGAAGAUGCCGAUAUAGUGCAUUUUGAUAGUCAAGCCUUACCCAAGCAAUUCAAUACCUCAUCAUCAGCAGUAACUCAAAAGCCCAGUAGCACAUUGGAUUCUUUUCGACAAUGGUUACUCACUACAGAUGAUCUUCAAACACAGAAACAAGCACAUAUAGAUCAUGAUCGAUUACAAAGGAUAGCAGAUUUAUUACAGAAACAAUUGGGAUUGACGUUUUUUGGUUUUGAUGUUUUACUUGAAUCUGGUACCAAUGACUAUUAUGUUGUAGAUGUCAACUAUUUUCCAAGUUUCAAGAAUGUUCCUCAUUUUCAACCAAUGUUUAUCAAUAUUUUGAAAAAGGUACUCCGUUCGAUUUGA